UAGAAACCAGGCAUAUAUUGUUCAUCCGUGUCCACUUUGUCAGAUGAAUAUCAUGAAUAUGUCACCAGUUUAGUCGCUCGUUGCCGUACGACCUCAAAAGACGACAGGGAUACCGAGAACUUUUUUCGGAAGUUCGCUCAUACAGUAACCCCACGCCACACACGGUGUCGCACAUUUCCCUGCGUAAGGCAUCUUCAGCCGUCGGGCAACGGACAUGGCCAGCUUCGGAAACAAGGUGGAAGCGGGCAGGUAUGUCCCCCCCUGAACCUUCUUUCUAAGCUUUAGAUUAUUGGAGGGUUCAAUGCUCUCAGUCUUCAUCUACGACGUCAGCUCGGUUCAGGAUCGCCUUCUGCAACGGACACUGGCAGCAGAGCAGGAGCCAGUCGGUGACGAGAAGAAACAGGCCUGCACAGAAGCGCAAAAGCGAGCCAACUGGUUGAAACAAGACAUUCGGACCCGAGUAUGAGACUGGGCUCUAUGAGAUAUUUCAUCGGUGUAUCAUUCUGGAAUUGUGAACAGUUGAAACAUGUUGGCUUGUCGU